AUGGAGGUGAAAGUUUUGAGUAAAGAAAAUGUUAUGCCUUCUUCCCCAACGCCCCCUCACCUUAAAACCUUUCAACUUUCUCUUCUUGAUCAAUUUUCUCCUGUGCUUUAUGCUCCUCUAAUAAUUUUCUACCCAAUGGAUAACAAAGAUGAUCCAAGGCACCACCAAAGCCAUGAGGAACUAAUGGCCACACUUAAAAGUUCUCUAUCAAAAACUCUAAGCCAUUUUUACUUAUUGGCAGGAAGAAUCGUCGACAAGUCCAUUCGUUGCAGCGAUGAAGGAGCUGUUUUUAUCGAAGCAACUGUGAGUUGUAGCAUGUCUGAGAUCCUUAAACAACCAAACAACGAGUUUUUAAUGAAACUCAUCCCAUGUUCUGAACGUUGCACUAAGCCAAUCGAAGAAUAUGCUCAUGUUAUAGUGCAAGCGAACGUCUUCGAUUGUGGUGGGAUUGCAAUCUCUCUUUGUUUGUUGCACAAACUUAUGGAUGCGACGACGAUAGGUUGUUUUCUUAAAUGUUGGGCUACUAUUAAUAGACAAUUAUUUACAUCAUCAUCCAUGACGAACGAUGAUAACAGUGACCCUUUUUCGAAGAUGGUAUGCUAUGAUUACAAAGAACUGUCUUCACUCUUUCCACAGACAAAUUUCUUACCAUUUCAUCCAAGGCUUCAUGAAGCCCUCUCCUCAAAUUGUGAAGAAAAAAGUUCUUUUCAAAGGUUUGUAUUCAAAGAGAAGGCAAUAUUAGAUUUAAAAGCUAAAGCCAAAUCCAAUGAUGUCCCAAAUCCAACAAGUGUGGAAGUAUUGAGUGGCUUCAUUUGGAAAUGUGCAUUGGAAGCUGCAUCAACAAAAUUAGGGUUAUCUCAAAUACCAUCUAUUUUAACACAUGCAGUAAACCUAAGAAAGAGAAUGGAGCCUCCAUUGCCUGAAUUUUCAGUGGGAAAUAUCUUUUGGAAUGUGGUUGCUCAUUAUUUAGCAGAUAAGAAAACCCAAGUGGAGCUUAGUGAAUUGGUGAGUUUAAUUAGACAAUCAUUUGUAGAUAUUAAUGGUAAUUACAUAAAGAAAAUAGUGGGAAAUGAAGGAAGUGAAGCUCUAGUGAAAUUGGUUUGGGAGAGAAAUAUGAAGCUUUUUCAAAUUCCAAAGUUGUAUAUAUGUACAAGUUGGAGAAAUAUUGAUUUAAGUGAAGUGAAUUUUGGAUGGGGAAAGCCUAUUUGGAUUGGGAGUGCUGGAAAUUCAAAUACAACAAUAAAAAAUAUGAUUGUUUUGUUGGAUGCUAUAUCAAAUGAUGGUGUUGAGGCAUGGGUGAUACUUGAGGAAGAAGAAAUGCAAAUUUUGUUAGAAAAUCAAGAAUUUCUCAACUUUGCAUUGCUAAAUCCAGCUAUCCCUAUAUAGCAUGUGUGUUGGAAUGCAUGCUUUGAAUUUGUUA